AUGUCAAAAGAUUCAACAACAACCGAUAAUGGAACAACCAAAAGUACUACAAUUCAUAUACCUUCAAUAACACAAAUCUCACGACCUUUUUUUUCAAAUAAAGAAAUAUCAUUUUUACAUAGUCAAACAAUUUCAGAUUCAUUAAAAUUACAUUAUAAAUCAACAAAAGAUCAAGUUUUCCAAUUAUUAUUUCAAAUAUGUAAACUGAUGAAAUUUCCAUUAAGAAUGUUAUCAACUGCUAUGAAUUAUUAUCAAAGGUAUUAUUUAUUUAAUAAAUUUGAAUUAAAUUCAAAUGAUAUUUUAGAUGAUCCAUAUUUAAUAAGUUUAUCAUGUUUAUUCCUUGCAAGUAAAGUAGAAGAUUGUAUAAAGAAAUUAAAAGAUUUUCAACAAACAUAUAAUAAAAUCAAAAAUAUAGAUGAGAGUAUAUCAAUUGAUAAUCUUUCAUUUUUAGAAUAUCAAAGAAAAGCUUUAUUACAAAUUGAAUGUAAAUUAUUACAAAUUAUUAAAUUUGAUUUCAAUUUAGGUAAUAAUCAUCCUUCAAUAAAGAUGAAUAUAGAUUAUUUAUUGAUUCAAUUUUGUAAACAAUUGAAAAUAAAUUAUAAAAUAAGUAUACUAAGUUGGUUUAUACAAUUUGAUAUUAUACAAACUCCAUUAUGUUUAGUGAUACCUCCACAUUGUAUCGCAGUUGGUAUAAUAAUAGUUGCAUUAAAUUUAAAGCCAAAAGAAUUACAUAUUGAAGAUAAUACAGAUGAUGAUUAUGAUGAAAUUUUAAAUUCAAUAGAUUGUGAACGUUUAAAUUGUCCUGAAGUUUUAGUUAAUGAGUCAAUUAUAUAUAUUUUAGAUUAUUAUAUCCAUCAAUAUAAUAAUUCAAUAUUGAAAAACUAUUUACCUGAAAAAGAUCCAAUUACAAAUAAAGAUCAAGUAUUUAAUUUCAUGAAUUUAAAAACAAAGUUUAAUGAUGUAUUAUUAAUGGAGGAAAUAAGUUGUAGUAAAGAAUUAAAUACAAAGGAUGAUUAUUUAAAGAAUUGGGAUUACUCAAUUGCAUUAAAAGGAGCUACAAGAUUUAUGUUAUCAAAUAAAAGAAAAAGAUUUCAUUCAGAAUUAG